UGAACUUUUGACAUUAUCCAUCUAUCAACUACGCCGACCUCUGACGACGGGACUCACUCUCUACACUUUGCAUAGCCGGCACAAACUACACCGGCAGAGCUCUGUGACAGGUUCCAAGCCCUCAUCGUACAGAGAUAUUGUUGCUCCAACUCUUGCACCCACAGGCCGCAUCGCAUAUCCAUCCAAGAAGCCAUUCCCCCCAUCUAGUCAACGGCGAUCUCUCUUUUGCGGCUAUCAUAUACCCGGCGACGCACCAACUUCUCCAGUCGCAGUGCCAUGGCCUCUCCAACUACACAGCAGCCUGUGGGCGCAUCAACUACGCUGCCAAACAAACCCGAAAACAAGCUCCCACCCAUUCCAGAUGGCUCUCGAAUCCGCAAACGCCCCCUUCCCCUCCCUCCUCACCGGCGCACCUUGAAGUCGGCCACAUCCUCUGUCAAUUUCCAAAACCAGACGACACCCGACAUUGAUGGCUACCUGCCCCCUCCUCGCGCGAAUCGCACCCAGAUCAUCAAGGUGGCCUCUUCGGCCUCCCACAUGUCACUUGUAAAACGCGUACGAAAGGCACUGGAGAGCGCCCGAAAUAACCAACAGGGAACAACAAAAGGUCUGCCCUUGGCAGCACGUGUUGCAGCUCUGGGUGCGAAGAAUGGGAGAUCAGACCAAACCGGGCCAAUAUCAGAUGCACUGGAUGAUGUCGUGCUUAUUGCGACGGGGAGGGCAAUUCAGAAGGCGGUUGAGGUGGGGGCCUCGUUCACGAGAGAAGGAGAUUUGAUUGUGAUUGCGAGGACGAGGACGGUACAGGCAGUGGACGACAUCGAAAUGAUGGACGAGGAUGCGGAGGAGGAGGACUCGGCGCGGGUCAGACAUGUUAGUUGUGUCGAGGUUGGAGUGAGGUGGGCCAGUUGAUUGUAGCAGAAGCCAGGAGAGAUUCACUGGGAGAUUCAACAGCAUCAUCACAUUGGCGUUUUGGGCGGUUAUUGGAUAUGCAAGGGAAAUAUGACAUGGGCGUUGUUUGGGUUUUGGCUUGAAGUGGGCAUAAUUGGUGGGGGAUAUACCCGGAGGCCAUAUGUUAUACGUUUGGGGACACGAUCAUGAUCUGUGGACUAGGGUUUUUUUUUCCGUCAAAUGAUGUGGCGAGGGCCAGCUCUACUGCGUUUUCUCGAGUCACGCGAUGGUGCAAGACGCUUAUUGCACAUGGUACAACUGUCGAAGCAUAUAUGGCAUCGAAUACUCUCCUGCCGCCACUAGGUUACAACAUUUGCAAGUGACAGCAGUCUCAGUCGG